GGCGAAAUAAAAAGUCCUUCCAAGUCCCCCUUUCGCUCUAGGAAAAAAAGGGGACGAUUCUGCUCGCGCCGCCGGUUCCCCGAUGGCGGAGGACUCAGGCGCCAUCCUCCGCCACAUCUCCUCCCUCAAGGACAUGCUUGACAAGGAGGCUGCCAGCCUGUGCUUGAAAUUUCAAAUUUCUGGAACUUGGUCCACCACAUAUGGAGAACAGUAGCUGUCCGAUUCGACCAAUCAGCGGCCCAGAAUGCAGGGAUUUGCAGCUGUCAAUGAAGAGAUUGAACAGAAUAUACAAAGGACCAGGGAAACAGAGUCAGAAAUAGUGAAGCAUUCUGAAACUGAAAAGGACUAUCUCGUGAAGGAGUCUGAGCUAAUGAAAGGAGUAUCGGUUGCUGAGUUUGAACUUGAUGGGCUUAUGCAAGUGGAAGCUGCUGGAACAGAUUCACUUAAAGCGAUGGAGGGCAAUUUGGAAUUCCAGAAAGCUACUCUGAAUGCAAUUAGGAAACUAUUCUACGAUAAAAUGGAAAGGUUCAUCGCUGAAUCUAAAGACUUCCAAGUUAAUAUGCUUGGAGGUUCAAUUGAGGAUUUACCUCUCCUACUAAAGGAAAGAGAUUCACUAGAGAAUGAGAGUGAGAACUUGAGGAUGAAGAUCAACGCCAUACAAAGUUCAUCAAAGGAAUACAUUGCUGAGAUUCUUGAGGAGGUAAAUGUGGAAAAUUCAGUUCUGGAGUCUGAUGUACACUAUAGGAUUUCGGAAUACAUGGAAAUUCUCAAGGAUAUAAACAGCCUGAAGAUUCUAUUUAGUUCGAGCAAUUCUUAAGAAGUGUCUUCAUCGUUGCAGGCUCAUGACCCAUCAAAGUUGCCACAUGUUUCUUGUGUCUUCAGUAUGCCAUUUUGGUUUGGCUGUCAAGAAUCUUCAGCAAGCUCAAUGGAAAUACCUUGUACAUGUUUCUUCUGUCGAGAAGGUUACACCAGAUCUAGCACGAAUUUACUGCACUACCAAACAUGUAUUGGUCAUGGCUUGUAUAUACAGUUCAGUUAACCUCUGUACUGUAGAUUUCAAGCUGAGGGAUAGUAGGAAAAGGCAAAGUGCCUAGGAAUGCAGAUUGGAAAAACAGCAAAGUCUUUUGUGGGCAAUUGUUGUUUUUAAAUCUGAUCGAGGAGAUGUGAAAACGUCAGAUAUUGCAAGAAAUUGUUAGUAAUGGAAUAGUUGGUUCAUCUUAA